ACAGGCAGAAAAGCAGAAUCACACCCGUCCUCCUAAAACCCUAACAAGAAACCAUGAAACAAACUCUGUUCAAGAAUCUCUCAAUCUACUGUACUCGCAAUUUUCUCUCCCCUCAAACCUUCAAACCACACCUUAAUGGCAACAACAUACGGCCUCUCACCUCUCUCUCUCCUUCGCCCCCCUUCAGACUCCGACUUCUCUCUUCGAAAGCCGAUUCAUUUGCUGCUAACUCUGAUUCCGUUGCUGAAACCAACUCGGCCCAAACCCAGAAAGAAGAAUCGUCCACUGACGUAGACGACGUUAGCAACGAAGAGCUCAAAAGACGGAUAGAGAGGUACUUCGGAGGUGACGAAGAAGCAAUUCCAUCGAUAUUUGAAGCUAUUUUGAAGCGGAAGUUGGCUGGGAAGCAUGAUGAUUCAGAUGAUGAGUUGAUGGAGGAAUUUGGGCGUAAGCUAGCUAAUGAUGUCAGCGAUGAAGAGUUUGAUUCAGAGGAAGACUAAUUGUAAGUGAUUGCUGAUGUCUAUAAAAAGAAUGUUUUUUCCCCGUGGUUUUUGACAGGGCAUAUACAUUUUGUGUAUCGUAGGAGCUACUAAAGGCCUUUUUCUCCAACAUCAGUACUCUCAAGAAAAAACGGAGUAUGGCUUCAGUUGAUGUGUUAUUGGGAUACAGGUUCAUUAUAAUUCUAUGAGCAAUGUGUUCAGCUUCUGGCCUCGAGUAUAUAAUUGCUACCCUGCAUAUGCAUUACUCGGCUCGCACUGUGUGCAAGUGAUGUGCUAGUGUUUCAUUUGCUCUAUUGAAAACGCCGUCCAUUAAUUGGGACAAAAGGCUUAUUUUGGUUUGGUUUGGUUUAUUUACUAGAAAUAGGUGUACUUGCAUAGCUCCAAGCGCCAACUACGUUGGCAGAUAAAUUUUAGAAAAAAUUCCUAUAAACAGUCUAGUUUAGAAAAUGGAAGUGUAGGGCUAAACCCAAAAAUAGGGAGAGAAAAGUUGAACAAUCAGUUAUUGGGAGAAACUUAUUCUGAAUGAGCUUUUUUGUGUGUGUGUUUUCUAGAGUUUAACAGAUGAUCUAGUGUUCUUUAAUUAGAAGAAUAAGCACAGGAUAGAUUGCUUUUAGAAACCUCGUCUAAUGAGGGGAAUCUGGAUUCGUAAUCCUCCAUAGCUUCUUUUUUUUUUCUUUUCUUUUUGAUUACGUAACUUCUUGGUUUAGGUCCUAGUAUAACAUGUCUCUUGUACUUUGUGAGUAUGUAGUUAUUUUCUCCAAAAAGCUAGAAAACCCAAGAAUAAUACGAGCUAAUCAAUCCUUAAAACACUUGUAAAAACUAUUGCAGAAUGCUUACAUUUGCAGUCUCCCUUAAACGCAUCAAAGUUCCUUGGAACUUGUUUCUUCUACCCAUUUGUAGCGAAAAUGUUUCUCAAAUAUCUAAGAUCAUUGAAGAGUUGAAGUUGUUUUGGGAGAACUUGCUUUCAAUUUUUAGCAAUGGUGGAAAACGGGAUCAUUGGCCUCUCUUUUGAGGCUUCUUUUUAAGAGGAUUGGUGAUGGUAAAGUCAUCCACCACAUGCACCACCACACUCGGCGGCGCAACCACUGCCAUAAACCUGACUUGAGUCUGCUGCAGAGGUUUUGUCCUUGGAUGCACCUUCUGCACAUGAGAAUAUUAGGACCCAAAUGAGUGUGAAGGUAACCAGAACUGACCACAAGACAAGAUAAGCUUCACUCACACCUCUACCAUCCCAAGUAAUCACCUCUUUCAUCUCCCUCACCAUCUCUGUGUGUGUGUGUUUUCUUUUGU